AUGGACGCCACAAUAUCUCCAGUCAAGAGGAGGGCAUGUGUGGCGUGCACGGCUGCCAAGGCGAGAUGCACUCCCCAUUCUGUCAACUUGUGCCAAAGAUGCGCUCGUUUGGGGAAGUCAUGCACGUACCUUGACCUUCCGCAGACAAGGCGUAAGCAAAAGAAUUCACCAAGCCGCGUGGAGGCACUAGAGAAGAAGGUCGACCUGCUGAUGUCACAGCUGGUUACCUUGACACGACAGAACGGCCAGAUAUCGCCCGAUACUUCCUAUCCGCCCACCAAAGAAUUGGACUCAUCCGUUGAUCCCGAGCUGGAUUCCACCGACAUGGCUACGCUGCUAGAUGCUGCCCAAGACCCAUCUCACGGCCGCGCCCCGCCCACCAGCUCUAUCUUGGAGGGCCAGCCAUCUAUCGUAGAUCGAGGGCUUUUAAGUGAAGCCGAGGCUGAACGCUUAGUUACUACCUUCAAGCUUGAAUUAGUGCCCAUAUUUCCCUUUGUGUUGAUUGCAAAUAGCGCGACAGCCGCUAGUCUCAAGGACCGAGAGCCUUUUCUCUUUUUGUGUGUCGUGGCCGCGACAAUGGGCAGUGCACACCCUCUACGGAAAACUGUCGCCGACGAGAUUAUGAAGCACGUUACGCUAAGAGUUGUGGCACGGUCCGAGAGGAACCUCGAGCUUCUUCGUGGUCUAUUGGUUCACUGUGCAUUUUACUCAUACCCCGCAGAGAGAUUUCACCCGCGACUUUUGCUGUUAGUUCAGUUUUGUGUUUCCAUAUUGCAUGAUUUAGGACUGCACAGAAAGCCUAGUCCGAAUCCAGAUGAGCAGCGGGCGCUGCUAGGUACAUAUUGGCUGUCUGCUGGGCUCUAUGGCAUUCUCGGCCGGCCAAUUACCAUGAAGCAUGAUCGUCGAAUCGAUGAGUUUAUUGACAAUAUGGCAUCUGCCGAGCAUCUGUCGGAUCGCUGGGUUGCACCAUAUAUCUGCCUACAGUCAUUCUUGGCAACAGUGGAUGAGGUUUACGCAUCGAUACAAGCAAGCGGUGGAAGAGUGCUCGUCCAAGCCACGCGAGGCUCUCUACAACGGCAAUUUGAUAGCGUGAGGGCGCUUGUAGAAAGAGAUCUCUCAACCUGCCCUUCGCCAACAGAAAAUGCGAUACGCAUUGACUUCAAAUAUGUGGGAAUUCGGCUCGAGGAACCAUCUCUUCGGGAGGAACUGUGGAUUGCGGAGCCAGCCAGCGCAGUUAGAACGACCAUGCUAAUAGGCAUUAUCCAGCGAAGCAAGGAGCUCAUUCACAUUAUUAGAAGCCUGCCCGCUUCAGAGAUUGCCCAGAUGACAAUAAUGUCAAGUGCUCGUGUCUGUGCCGCAGUGGGCUACAUACCCUCUGCAGUAUUCACCCUUCUUAAUAUUAUUGCAAACACCACCGACUCUACCCUGGAAGCGCAGCUCCAGGCCAUUGUUCAGGAAGCAGAUUACCCAAAUGUUGUCACAGAGCUUGCCAACGCGCUGGAGACGAGAUGCGGGGAAAUGUCUACUGCAGAAAAAGAGAUGGAUAUUGUGGGGAGUCUUUGCCUCAAAAUGCGCCUAUUGGCGCGUUGUUAUCCAUAUCAGAUCCGAGCCACUGUUGGAGGUGGGCCGUCCCAAGACUCAAUGCAGGACACGUCCACAAUGGCAGUCCCCGCCAACGAGCAUGCUAUGAUGCCCCAAAUCUGGCCGUCUACGUACGGCGACCCGGGUGACAUAUUUCCUAUCGACGACAUCCAGUGGGAUUCAUUACUGAACGAAUUUACUGGGUUCAGCUAGUAUAGUAUAGCUCAUAUGUUCUUUGUGAAUUAUGUGAGAAGACGGGUUUCAUAGCAAAUGAUCUGUAAACACUCC